AUGACGACUCCUACCAACAUUGAUCCCAAGGAUGUUCAAGCACACUGGGCUAGAUAUCAGGGCGACAAGUAUGUUGAGGGCUGGGCCUCUCUCUGGGACAAAAGUGAUAAUUUGCCCUGGGAUCGUGGCUUCCCCAACCCCGCGCUGGAAGACACCUUGGUCCUGCGAGUUGGCACGAUUGGCGGGCCCAUCGCCCAGGAUGGUCGAAGGAGGAAGGCCCUGGUGCCGGGCUGUGGACGUGGAGUCGACGUGCUCUUAUUCGCGAGCUUUGGAUAUGAUGCCUAUGGCCUGGAGUGCAGCGCCGCGGCUGUCGAAGCGUGCAACAAGGAGGAGAGGGAGAACCACAGCCGGUACCGCGUGCGAGAUGAGAAAGUCAGGAAAGGGAAGGCCACUUUCGUCCAGGGGGAUUUCUUUGAUGAUACCUGGUUGAGGGAAAUUGGAGUACCUCGAAAUGGAUUUGAUGUCAUUUAUGAUUAUACGUUUUUCUGUGCUCUGAACCCAGAGCUCCGUCCUAAAUGGGCUCUCCGACACACUGAGCUCCUUGCUUCCUCACCUGCAGGCAAUCUGAUCUGUCUGGAAUCUCCUCGUCAAAAGGACCCCUUGGCCCCCGGCCCUCCAUUUGCCUCUCCCUCCGAGGCCUACAUGGAGCAUUUGAGCCACCCCGGUGAGAAGAUCUCCUACGACGAUAAGGGUCUUGUCGAUGCCGACCCGUUGCGAGAGCCCAGCAAGGCGGGACUGGAGAGAGUGGCAUACUGGCAGCCAGAGCGCACGCACACUGUGGGCAAGGACGAGAAUGGGGUAAUCCAUGACAGAGUCUCUAUUUGGCGUCGACGUGACUAG